AUGUUCUACGGUGCUUCCGAUGCUCAUGGUCAUGGAAUAGGUGCAAUUAUUACUUCUCCAACUGGCAUCCACCUUCCGUUUGCCGCUAGAUUAUGCUUUGACUGCAUCAACAAUAUGGAAGAAUAUGAGGCAUGUACUUAUGGUAUGAAGGCGACCAUUGACUUAAGGAUCAAAAUUCUUGAGGUAUUUGGAGAUUUAGCUCUGACAUUUCUGGAGAAACAACAAUAUCCCAAGGGUAUAUCUAUUACUGAUAAGAAAGCUUUGAGAAGACUUUCUUCCAAGUUUUUCUUAAAGGAUGAUGUGUUAUACACGAGGAAUUAUGAUUUUGUGAUGCUCAUAUGUGUGGAUAGGCACGAAGCAAGCACGAUCAUAAAGUCCACACAUGAAGGCUAUGAGGGUGUACAUGUGAAAGGUCCUGCUAUGGACAAGAAGAUCCUUCGAGAUAGUCUAGCAAUCGAGGCAGAUCCUGAUGAUAAGCCUUGGUUCUAUUACAUAAAGACAUUUCUAGAGAAACAACAAUAUCCCAAGGGUAUAUCUAUUACUGAUAAGAAAGCUUUGAGAAGACUUUCUUCCAAGUUUUUCUUAAAGGAUGAUGUGUUAUACAAGAGGAAUUAUGAUUUUGUGCUGCUCAAAUGUGUGGAUAGGCACGAAGCAAGCCCGAUCAUAAAGUCCACACAUGAAGGCUAUGAGGGUGUACAUGUGAAAGGUCCUGCUAUGGACAAGAAGAUCCUUCGGGAUAGGUAUUACUGGACAACGAUGGAGGUUAACUGUUACAACUUUGUUAAAAGAUACCACAAGUGUCAAUUAUAUGGUGACAAGAUCUUUGUGCCACCAACUCCAUUGAAUGUUCUAACGUCUCCAUGGCUCUUCUCCAUGUGGGGUAUUGAUAUGAUUGAGAUAAUAGAACCAAAAGCUUCCAACGGUCAUCGAUUCAUCCUAGUUGAUCUUGAUUACUUCACGAAUUGGAUCGAAGCUGCUUCAUAUGCCAAUGUCACUCGACAAGUGUUUACUCGGUUUAUUAAGAAAGAGAUCAUCUGCCAUGACAGAAUUCCUAGCAAGAUCAUCACUAACAAUUCCAGUAAUCUCAACAACAAGAUGUUGAAGGAGUUAUGCGAAGAAUUUAAGAUCGAUCACCACAACUCUUCACCAUAA